AUGAACAUCGACGAUGGCGAUUCGUGCCAACUACUUGGACCGGUGUCGCUUCUCAUCCAGUCCUCAAUGGGCCUUUUGGCAAUAGGGGGAGUACUGAUCAAACGACGCUACGAGAGACCCAGAAGACGCUGGAAAGUGUGGUGCUUUGAUGUGGGGAAACAGGUUCUGGGAUCGCUCAUACUGCACUUUUUAAAUGUGGGGAUCAGCAUCUUAAAACAGCAGGGUGAUACUCUCUUGGCUGCGAUGAGCCUGAGAAGCUACAACGGGGAAGAUGAUUCGGGCGGAGAUCAGUGCGAUUGGUAUUUUCUCAACCUGUUGAUGGAUACCACGGUGGGCACUCUGGUCUUGUGGCUGACACUGAGUCUACUAGAAAAUUGGUUAACGAAGCUUGGAGUUCAGAACAUCGAAAGUGGCAAUUACUACUCCGAGCCCCUUACGGUUGCUCACCUGGAAGAAAUCUCGACGGAAAACGCCGGGGAUGCCCACGCCAAAUAUAAGAGCUACGAGCCGCUUUUUAGCGCCUUUGGCAAGCAGCUGAUGGUGUUUGUGUGCGGGCUGGCAGUCACCAAGAUGUGCAUUUUUCUCGUUUUGGCGUACUUCGAGGUUUUGGCCGUGUGGUUUGCCAAACUCGCACUCGGGUGGUCCAACCCGUGGCCCAACUUCCAAGUGUUCCUGGUCAUGUUUGUGUUUCCGGUUUUUUUGAACUGUUUCCAGUACUUCUGUGUCGAUAGCAUCAUCAAAUUACACCCCAAGACAAUGUCUUCUAGUGAGCGUGAGAACUUUGAGGACAUCUACAGCUCCACUGCGAGCAGUGCGGGAAGCAAGAACACAUACGGUGCCAUUCCAUAG